AUGGAUAAAAUUCAAGAUAAAAUUCAAGGUGCAUGGAAGGGAUUCCACGGCACUGGUGAAACCAUCAGAGGAACAUUUAAUGAAACCGUAGACAGAGCAGGCGAUCAAAUUGCAGGAAGACCAGCUGGUAGUGUAGAGAGCAAGUCAAACAACCCAGGAACAGCCAAGAAAGGUAUUAACGAGUUCAAAGAUGGCUUCGAUAAGCUCACAAGUUCAUCAAACACUGGGGGAUCACAGGAAGCCAGUGUGGAAGUACCUGAAGCACAGCAGCCACAGGGGCACAGCGUACCACCAAAGCUUCCAGAACGUACUUAG